AUGGAGGGUUGCUUGAUGAGAUGCUCUCAUGGCAGCGCUCUAUGGAAAACCCUCAAACCACUCCAUCUGAAGCUUCCUAGGAACUCCAUUCGUUGCUCUCCCAUGCCCAUACACUCUGUUAGAGGAGGAGGAAGAGGAUCUGCUCUCAAUCGCAAGGCCUAUGACGCAUUGUUGUUAGACGCUGGAGGCACUCUGCUGCAGUUGGCAAAGCCAGUCGAAGAGGUUUACGCUUCAAUUGGAACCCAAUACGGAGUGACUGCAACUCCAUCUGAAAUCAAGCAAGGUUUCAAAAGAGCCUUUUCUGCUCCUUGGCCUCAAAAGCUUCGUUACCAGGGAGAUGGGAGACCAUUUUGGAAACUUGUUGUUUCUGAAGCCACUGGUUGUGCUGAUCUCGAUUAUUUCGAGCAAGUCUAUGAGUACUAUGCCAAAGGUGACUCAUGGUGUCUUCCAGAGGGAGCUUAUGAAACAAUGGUCCUUCUCAAGGAUGCUGGAGUUAAGCUGGCUGUUGUAUCCAAUUUCGACUCCCGCUUAAGGAAGCUACUCGAAGACCUUAAUGUUUUACAUCUGUUUGAUGCUGUUAUCAUAUCUUCAGAGGUUGGGUAUGAAAAACCAGAUGCAAACAUAUUUAAAUCUGCUUUAGAUCAAGUUCGUGUGGAUGCUGGAAAAGCAGUGCAUGUUGGCGAUGAUAAAAUCGCAGAUAAAGUUGGGGCCAAUGCCGUUGGAAUUGAUUGCUGGUUAUGGGGCCUGGAUGUAAAGACAUUUGCUGACAUUCAAAAUCGCAUUCUCAUCUCGGGGUCAUAG